AUGGAGUCCCUCCUCCAGCAGUCCCGCGCCAUGUGCCCUUUUCUGAAGCGCACCUCCCCCGGCGCCCUCCGCACCCUCGCAACGGCCACCAGGCCCACCGCCAGCCCCGGCGGCGGCACCAUGUCCAACCUGCAGGUUCUGGCCCGUCGCUGCCCCGUCAUGAGCAAGGCUCUCGCUGUUCAGAGUGCCCGCUUGGCUGGUGCGAAGCGCUUUACUUCCGCCGCUGCGGGCGUUCCUGGGCGGAACGUCCGCACCCAGCCCCGGAGGGAUUUGCAUGCUACUGCCGGUCCCGGGGCGAAUUUGAGUCAGGGUGUUUACAAGAAGGAGGAGGCUCGGGCUGAACAACCCAAGUAUACCCGUCCUAACCCCUCCCCCGGUCUCAACGUCGGGGCCGGCCCCCGUCCGCAGGCCCCCGCAACCGCCCGCUUCGAUUAUAGCGCCUUCUACCGUGGCGAGUUGGAGAAGAAGCACCAGGACAAGUCGUAUCGCUACUUCAACAACAUCAAUCGACUGGCCCGCGAGUUCCCCCGCGCCCACACGGCGUCCCCCGAGGAGCGCGUGACCGUCUGGUGCUCCAACGACUACCUGGGCAUGGGACGCAACCCCGAGGUCCUGGACACCAUGCACCACACCCUCGACACCUACGGUGCCGGCGCUGGCGGCACCCGCAACAUCUCCGGCCACAACCAGCACGCCGUGGGUCUGGAGAACACCCUGGCCCGGCUGCACGGCAAGGACGGCGCCCUCGUCUUCAGCUCGUGCUACGUCGCCAACGACGCCACGCUGGCCACCCUCGGCAGCAAGAUGCCCGACUGUGUCAUCCUGUCCGACUCCCUCAACCACGCCUCCAUGAUCCAGGGCAUCCGCCACUCGGGCGCCCGCAAGAUGGUCUUCCGGCACAACGACAUGGCCGAUCUCGAGGCCAAGCUGGCCUCCCUGCCCGCCCACGUCCCCAAGAUCAUCGCCUUCGAGUCCGUCUACAGCAUGUGCGGCUCCAUCGCCCCGAUCGAGCGCAUCUGCGACCUGGCCGACCAGUACGGCGCCAUCACCUUCCUCGACGAGGUCCACGCCGUCGGCAUGUACGGCCCGCACGGCGCCGGCGUCGCCGAGCACCUCGACUACGAGGUCUACGCCUCGCAGGACACCCCCAACCCCCUCUCCACCCGCGGCACCAUCAUGGACCGCAUCGACAUCAUCACCGGCACCCUGGGUAAAGCCUACGGCUGCGUCGGCGGCUACAUCGCCGGCUCCGCCGCCCUGGUCGACACCAUCCGUUCGCUGGCCCCCGGCUUCAUCUUCACCACCUCCCUGCCCCCAGCCACCAUGGCCGGCGCCGAUGCCGCCAUCCGCUACCAAGCCCGCCACCAGGGCGACCGCGUCCUGCAGCAGCUGCACACCCGCGCCGUCAAGGCCGCCCUCAGCGACCACGACAUCCCCGUCAUCCCGAACCCCUCGCACAUCGUGCCCCUCCUCGUCGGCGACGCCGAGCUCGCCAAGCAAGCCUCCGACCGCCUCCUCGACCAACACGGCAUCUACGUCCAAGCCAUCAACUACCCGACCGUGCCCCGCGGCGAGGAGCGUCUCCGCAUCACCCCGACUCCCGGCCACGUCCAGGAACACCGCGACCACCUCGUCUCGGCCGUCCGCUCCGUCUGGCGCGACCUCGGCAUCCGCCGCACCAGCGACUGGGCCGCCCAGGGCGGCUUCGUCGGCGUCGGCGUGCCAGGCGCUGAAGCUGCCAACGCCCCGAUCUGGGACAACACCCAGCUGGGCCUCCAGCCGCACGAGACAGUCGACGCUGCUCUCGCGCGCGAGCGUCCCGCCCCGGCGUCUAUCCCCCACAUGCAAACCGGCGGUGCCACCGUCAGUCCUGCGGCUGCGGGUAUCGCCUCGGCUGUGGGAGUGGCUGCUUAG